UGACGUUUUGAUACAAACGAACGUAAAGUUUGAAAAGGAUUAUUGGAUAAUUAUAAUCUUCGGAAAUUAAUUCAAACUUACUGGAUUAUGUAGCCACCAUACUUAAUAUAAAAAGGUACUAAGCCAGGUAAACACGCCAGAGACACCUCCGGGGGAGGUGAUGGGAGUCAGGAUUCCCCGUUACCAAAGAGGUCACCUAAAAGUUCAACUUCCAAAAGAGCUGAUGAGGCAGCAGAGACUGCACUAGAGGGCAGAGGUUCAGAUCCACAGGAUAGUUCAACUAGUGAAAAGGAAAAUAUUUCUCAAAUGUCUGGCAAAGCUAAGGUGAAGUCUAAAAAAUCUGAAGAGAACCAACCAGCGGAGGCUUUAAUGACAUCAAGCCAGCAGUCUCCUGUGUCUAUGGAUCAAAGGAAGUUAGAACCCCUGACUCCAUUAGUUAUCAGUGAGAACCAUGAUCUCUCCAUCAGCCAGCACAAACCACAAGCCACAUCCACACCUGCAGCUAAUGGGCAGCUUCGGAGUCCACCUCUCAGUCCAGACUCAGGCACAGAUCAGAGUGAUGAUGAGGCUCUGUCCCCCACUGACCAGCAGCUCCCAAGUCCCUCAGCUUCUCUCAACUCCACCUCCACCACCAGUAGCUUCAAGCGGAACCACUCGUGCUUAAUGCACUCACUGACUGGGAUGUGUUUCCCCUGGUCUACCAGCAGCAGUAAACAGGAUUCCCUUGACUCAAGAAAAUCCGAGCCCAACUUUGGACGUUUCUACAACACAAGUUAUCUAGGCAUGGGACGGCCAGCCUAUGUCAAGGGUGCUGCCCUGAACCCUAAAGAGAAACAAAAGGCAGUUAGUGGAUCUCAUUUCCAUCGCCCUGCAAACUUCACAUAUUCAAAAGAGCCUCCAGAUUUUCUUAGGAAGAAAGCUUCUGGGAUGGCUGCACUUGCGUCAGGUCAGCGUCGUGUUGUCAAGGUGAGGCGCAGCUCAUCCCCAGCUGACCUCCGAGCCCAAGAGCCCAUCCGCAUGAGUAUGUUUCCUAGUGCCAAACCAAAGCUGCCAAAUGAGCCAGAUAAAAUUGAGAGGGACGACUGGCCAGCACCUGCUUCACCUGCAGCUAUCUUACCUGAAAUUUUAAGACAACGUAGACGAAGUAGAGGUGAGAAAGAUGAAGAUGAUGAUGAUGACGAGGUCCAGGAAGAUCCAAGAAUCAAGCGUGAGCUGGAGGAGAUAUCUAAGAUAAAAAAUGAGAGCGGCAUCGGUCAGGUGAUCUACAAGGAGUUGGAUAAGCUUAAAGCCAAACCUCACAUGCCUCUAGAUCCAUGGAAGGCAUCGCGAGCUCCCAGUGCCAAGUUUGAGCCGAGGUACCGGACCAGGUACCAGUCACCCAUGUUUGCCUCGCCAUCUCGUUUCCUGGACAGACCACGAUAUGCCUGGGAUGACAGUGACAUUAGAACCUACAGAUCUGCUUCAACAUUGGCCAACCUACCCACACCCAAACCUGGUUAUGGCCCAUCAUAUCUGGCACCAAGAGCUGCUACCCUGCCUUUAGCUGGAGCUUAUGGAGCUAGAGUUGACUUUCGAUAUUUUGACUUUGGUGAAUCAGAUGGAAGAGAGAGAUCUACUCAUACUUCAUCCUCCACUCUCACAGGGGACACUAGCUCUAGGAGGCAUGACUGGUCAUCUAGUGCUCAUGAUGGACCAACAAUAUCUUUACUCCAACUCCAGAAAAAUACCUGGCACACAGAGAUAGAGCCAACAAUUUACCCUUAUGAAAAGCUAAAAAUAACAAAUUUUGAUCUGCCUAAAGAUGUGGACACAAAUCACUUAGAAAUCCAUUUGUCCAAUCAAGAGUUUGAGAAUUUGUUUGAAGUUCCCAGGGAAAAGUUCUACAAAAUGGCAGAGUGGAAGAGGAAUGAUAUAAAGAGAAAGCUACACUUAUAUUAAUUCUGUAGUCUUUAGGUUUUUAAUUAUUCUCAUUCAAGAUGAUUUCUUGUACAAAGAAAAGAAUCUUUCUAAAAAUAAAUACAUGUACUAUAAAUCACAGAAUUUAAACUAGAAAAUUGCAUAAACAGGGUUGAUUGCUGAUAUAAUUUGAACACAUUUUGUACACAGUCAUGUUGUAUAAUAUUUUUUUGACCUGUUUUUUGAGGAGAAACUGAACUUAGAACUUGUAGAUUCACUUUUUGUUUGACUUACUGAAACAGUGCAUCUGUUACAGUUACUGAAAUAGCGCAUCUGUUACAGUUACUGAAAUAGCGCAUCUGUUACAGUUACUGAAACAGCGCAUCUGUUACAGUUACUAAAACAGUGCAUCUGUUACAGUUACUGAAACAGCGCAUCUGUUACAGUUACUAAAACAGUGCAUCUGUUACAGUUACUGAAAUAGUGCACCUGUUACAGUUACUGAAACAGUGCAUCUGUUACAGUUACUG